UGAUUUAAAACCAAUAAGUUGUGAUGGUUGAGGCGCCCUGAAGUCAUCAUGAGAACCAUACCUUUGAUAUUACUUGUGAAAUGUUUGCUGAUAGUUUUGGCCGAAAGCUCAACCCAACAACAGGUGGAAAAUGUGAAAAAUGUUGGUUGCGAUCGGCUGGAAAAUUUUGAAGAAAGAUUUGCCAAUUUAGCAGAGAGCAUUGCAAGCAAUUUUACUGCAUUAUCAAAUUCAUUGAAAAAAUUGGAAGCAACGUUCUUUAAAAAUCAGAAGCUUUAUAACAAUCAAUUUCAUGAUGUGAAUGUAGAUAUUUCCAGGCUUUCAGAACGAAUUGCCAAGCUGGAGAAGCUCAACGAAACCUUGACGAUGAGUCAAAAAUCAAAGAACAAGGGGAUUAUCUCUGAUGUACCGACGGUUUGCAACAAUUCUAACCAGCAUGGACCGAUCAUAACUUCCUGCAAGCAACCCUCAACAUCCGGUGUGUUCCGGAUGCAGAACCCAAACGUGCAAGUAUUUUGCGAGAUGGAUUCCUUCAACGGUGGCUGGCUGGUGAUUCAGCAACGAGUUGAUCGUACCCUCGAUUUUAACAGAAGCUGGGCCGAAUACCGGGAUGGAUUCGGAACGGUCGGCAUGGACGACAGUUUCUGGCUCAGCCUCGAGGCCGUCCAUCAGAUCACGGGCAGCGGAUCGUGUGAGCUGGCUGUCGAAAUGAAGGAUGGAACAGGGCGCUAUAAGUAUGCACGAUAUUCUCAGUUUGGAGUGGCGGGAGAAGACGACAAGUACAGACUUGCGGUUGAAGGGUACUUGUGGUGGGAGGCCGGGCGGACUGGAGACAUGUUCAGCCACCAUAACGGCAUGAAGUUCUCAACGUUUGAUGAUAAUAACGAUCCUGGUGAUAUUAAAUGUGCGCAGAGAUUUGGAGGAUGGUGGUUUAAGCAGUGCUUUCUCUGCAACCUGAAUUAUCCAGGUGGAGGGACAUGGCAUCCCUUUACAAAUGAAGAGUUUAUACUUUCUUAUACCAGAAUGAUGAUCCGUUGCGAAUAAAUGAUUGUU